UCUCAAUACACAUGAAUUUUAUAUUCCGUUGAAAUAGUUUCUAAAUCGAGCCAUUGAAGAAUUUAUUUUCUGUAAUCCUUUGUCAAAAUUCGAAAUUCUUUGUACAAAUGUCGUUCAACUUUAGCGCCAUGCAGUACGAGCGCGGCUUUCGCGCGAAAAGCGUCAGCAAUUGGGAAUAUCCGCGCUUCUUUGCGCCCCGUCCACGCAGCCUGAAGGGCAACUCGAAGCCCGUUGCCGAGAAGAACGGACAUCUGCUGGCCACAGCAGCUCGUGACGGCAACUUUUUGGGCCAAUAUCGGGGCACAUAUCACCUGCCGUUGCGCAUCACGCGCAGCUUUGCCAGCUUGUACAAUCGCUGCCUGAGCGGCAGGCACAAAUAUUGGAAAUAUCCGCGCGAUCUGUGCUGUUGCCAGCUGGAGCGACCGCAUCCGUGUGAUCUACAGAAGACGCUGGGCAGAAAGGACGAUCCGGCCUGGCAGCGUCCCAAGUGCCAGACCAAGUGUGAGGGCCUCAACCAGAUGCUGGCCAUCAACGAGCUGCAUCUCAAGUGCAAGCGUACCAAGUGCCAGCCGCGGCCCAAUGAGAAACUGAUACCACGCGUCGGUGACGCCUCGUCACGGUAUCGAAAGAAGCUGCGCAAGCGUCCGGUCACCGCCUUCGAGUACAAUCGUCGGGGCACUGUUGCGCAAGAGGAGCCGACCUCCGAUAAGACCAAAGCGAAACAGAUCACAAAGGAUGCGGCCAAGGCACCGGCCGUAACUUCAAGUCAAACCAAGUCGACGGCCAAGUCACCCACCAAAGCGCCAACCAAAUCAAAUCCAAAAUCCAAAUCUCCCACUGGAUAUUGCCCAGUUUCCUGCUUUUCAUAAUAUUGCCAACUUUGUCGGUCAGUCAGCUAGUCAAUCAAUCAGCCUAGCAGCUAUUCCAACAAUCAAUCAGCCUGCAAACUGGUCGUAGGGACAGCCAAUCAGUCAGACAGUAAGUCAAUCUCUCAGCGAAACAGUCAGUCAAUCACUUAGCCACAGUCAUUCAGUCAAUUCGUAUCAAUCUGGUAACUAGUCAGACAACAUGUCAGUCUGUCAAUCAAGCAAAUAAGUCAAUCAGUCAGCUAAUCAGCUAAUCAGCAGGCCAAUCAAUCAAUUUGACAAUCAAUCAGUACGUCAAUCAGUUGUAUAUAUAGACAAGCACUGCACAGAGAA